CUCAGACAAUAAGAACUCCGCAGAAUUAGAGUAAAAUUCACUGAAUUUCUAUAAAAAAGCCAUUCCAUCAAGCAAUUUUCCAUUCAAAAUUCUUAAUUUUCUUUCAAGAGAGAUGAUGGGCUUCAGAAUGUCUUGGUUUUUUGUUACAAUCAUUCUCAGUUUCACAUUUACUGAUCUUUCGGAGGCUAGGCAUGAGAAGAAGCUUCCAUCUGCAGUUGUUGUUGGCACUGUCUACUGUGACACAUGCUUCCAAGAGGAUUUCUCUAAGUCUAGCCACUUCAUUUCAGGCGCAUCCGUCGCAGUAGAAUGUGGAGACACAAGUUCUAGGCCAAGUUUUCGCAAGGAAGUGAAAACAAAUGAGCAUGGGGAAUUCAAAGUUCACCUGCCUUUCUCAGUGAGCAAACAUGUCCAGAAAAUUGAAGGAUGUUCUGUGAAGUUAAUCAGCACCAACCAACCAUAUUGUGCCGUGGCCUCAACAGCAACUUCAUCUUCACUCCAUCUUAAGUCAAAAAAGCCUGGAACACACAUUUUCUCAGCUGGGUUUUUCACCUUCAAGCCAUUGAAACAGCCAGACCUAUGCUACCAAAAACCUAGUGUUCUAAAUUCAAAGAAAUUCAGUUCCGUCAAUCAAAUCUUUUCACCACCAACUCUAAACCCUUCAAUACCAAUUCUUCCACCUUUGCCACAACUACCUCCUCUUCCACCAUUGCCACAACUACCUCCUCUUCCACCUUUGCCACAACUACCUCCUCUUCCACCACUUCCUGGCCUCCCAUAUUACCCGCCAGUGCAUUCAAAAACAACAUCUAAGGACACUUCAAAAACAUUAGGGUCAUUGAAAGAUCAAAAGAUAGCCCACCCAGAGUUCUUCAGUCUACUACCACCAAACCCCCUUCAGCCGCCUUCAAUACUUCCUCCAAACCCUUUUCAGCCACCACCUUCAAUUCUUCCCCCGAACCCAUUACAGCCUCCACCUUCCAUAUUUCCUCCGAUUUUUCCGUCGCCGCCACCUUCAAUCUUUCCUCCGAUUCCUUUCCCACCUAUACCAGGUAUAACUCCGUCGCCACCACCACCACCACCAUCCUUCCCAUUUCCACUCCCUCCAUUGCCACUCCCUCCAUUGCCAUUUCCACCAUCACCUGGAAUUCCACCAGCUUCUUCCUCUUCUUCAAAGAAAACCUCUCCUUAAUUAUACAACUAUCCAUCCAUGUACAACUCUCUAAUAAUAACUGUCCCAUGUAGUUUUCCCUUUCUUUUUUCUUGUUCUUAUAUAAAUUCUUA